AUGAACUUGCACCGGGUGUUCUGUUUGCGUGCCUUGUUCCUGAGUGUUCUUGUCUGUGUAUGUGUAUCAGCUUGGGCGGAUCCUACUCCUCAAACACACUCUGGUGUACUUCGGGGCUCACACGAUUCUCCUCCUCUCCCUCCUCCUGCUGUCGCUACGUUAACGGCUGCACAAAAGGCUCUUCCAGGCGCUGCUGCUAUUCCGGGUAGUCCACUUGGUCCUGGUGCCAUUCCUGGUGUUCCAGGUUCUCACCUUGUCGUUGGUAAAAGUGGUGCUGGUUCUCCUACUGCACCUUUGAGUCCUCCGCACGGUACUGGAGUUCCUCGUGUUGGUGUUGAUCCCUCUAUCAGUUCACAAGGUCACCCGGGUGCUGGUACUAAAUAUAAAACCUGUGAUCCAGGUUCUCUUGUUGGUGACUCUAAAAGGACUGAUAGUUUAUGUGUUCCAAAUAUUACUGCUCCUUCGAAAACUCCUGGAGCUGACGGUGCUUCAGGUGGAGGUGUUGGUGCUGCUGAAAGUAGUCCACCUCAUCCUCUCCCUGGGAUUGUUCCUCACCCCCGCGAAAGCACAGCUACUCUUAAUUUAACUCUUCGCUCUCACGUUGAUACUCCUCGUAAUGGUACACCAAGUGCCAAUGGGAAGCCAGGAGUUGACAUUCUCAGAUUUAACCCUGAUGCUCAUAAAGCAACUCCUAAGGCUCCAGGGAUUCAACCUGUUCCUGCUCCUGUGGAUGAUCCAAAGCGUGGUGAUUCUCUUAAUUUAACGCUUCAGAAACAACCCGCUGCUGGUGUUGUUGACCUACCAAGUGUUAAGGCGAGGCCUGAUGUUCCUUCCGGACACCAACCUCGUGUUUCUGGCCCAGUUAAUCUCGAUGCUAAAGGAUUUCCUGGUGUACCUGAUGCUGUUCAUAAUGUUGGUGGUGCUCCUACUGUUGCUAUUAAUCGUGGUCCUGCUCGUCUUCCUCGUGAAGAGGUUUCCCAGAGUAAUGAAGAAGUGUCUGGCCCUACGAACACGCAACCUGAAGAGAAUAAUAAUCAGGCAGAGAAUACUGCAGCACCUGCACAGAGUGAAUCAAUAACGAACACCCCGAAGACACCCACUAAGGUGACGCCGCCGGCAAUGCCAACAAUACUGCAACCUCCUAUGCCUGCAAAGAGCGAGACCAAACCACCCAAGAAGCGUAAGGCAGACAGCAGCAGUAUCAGUUCUGUGUGGAUGCGUGUGCCACUAAUGAUUCUGGCUGUGUUGUUCUCCGCUACCGUGUACUGA